UUGAUAAGUAAACCAUCCAAUGUGAUCAUGUAUAAACAUCAGUAAUUUAGAUAUGUUAGGUUGACAAAUGAUCACAAGGUUUGCCAUUGUUAACUACUAAGGCUAACUGCUUAAUCGAAGCCGAUCUCUCUCAUUUAGUGGAGGACUGUCAUAACAAUUAAGACAAUGUGGGACAUUGUAAACAUCAAGGGCAUCAUCCUUGUGGUGAUGUUCUUCAUGACUUUUGUAUGCUGUUUGAUACCUGUAUCCUUCGUCAAGCACAUACGGGAGACCCAUGAUUCUGGUCGGAGAUCUAAGUACCAAGUUUGGCUGAGUUUGAUGUCAUGCUCAGCUGGUGGAGUCUUCAUGGGCACUUGUAUAAUGGAUUUGUUCCCAGAUGUUCAGGAGCAGUUAGACCUUUUACUUGAUCAAAGUUACUCAACCAACUCAUUCCCUGUUGCAGAGUUCAUUGUCCUGUUUGGUUUUCUUCUUGUUUUAACAAUGGAACAAAUUGUUUUGGAUUACAAAGAAGCCAGCUUAUUGUCCAGACCACCAGAAGCAGAAGCUUUAUUAAGUGAACCAGAAGAAAGGAGAAGAACAUUGCAACAGCAGCACAGCUUGAGCGGAAUUAGUGACCAACCAGAUCUCACCGCAUCAAUGAGGAGUGAGACAGGAUCAUUAAGAGGAUAUGGCACAGCAGCUGACAAUUGCGAUCCUGAUGAUGGCCACCACCAUAGCCACGUCUUUGACCAUUCUAUUCAUCAUGAUAUUGCGUCUCACUCAUCUCUUCGAUCUCUUCUCCUUUUGUUUGCUCUCUCUCUUCAUUCGAUUUUUGAAGGGUUGGCUGUUGGACUUCAAGAAACCAUCGAUGAUGUAGUAGCACUCUUUUUGGUUGUGAUAUUCCAUAAGGGAAUCAUUGCAUUUUCCUUAGGACUAAAUAUGGUGCAGUCCAAACUUUCAAUGUCACAGAUGCUACUGGGUAUCAUGUUCUUCUGUGUUACUGCGCCAUUAGGAGUAGGCAUAGGGAUGGGAAUUAUGGAACUACAAGCAUCUUUUACAACAGCUGCUAUCUCUGGAAUUCUUCAAGGGAUUGCAUGUGGGACAUUCCUCUAUGUUACCUUUUUUGAGGUCCUUCCUCAUGAAAUGAAUAAUGGAGAAAACAGGCUGUUAAAGCUCCUUUUCAUCAUCCUUGGUUUCUCUGCUGUUUGUGGCGUUUUAUAUCUGGAUCCCGAUGCACAGAGGCCUCGCUGCUACCAGCAGCCUACUCCAGUAAACCCCUAGUAUUUCAGUUAAAUAAAGUCUGUUUAUGCUUGUUAUGUGGUUGAAGUAAAACACAAGGUAUUUUAAAUAUAUAAGGCAUUAGAUUUUCAGCAAAUAAGGUUAAGUGUUCACUAAAUAUAUUUUGUGUAGUGUGGCUGCUUUAUCACCACAAUUUUCAUAAACUUUUUCCCUGGAAUUAAUUUUGUGUAAAUAUAUAAGAUUCACGUUUGUCUUUCAUACUUUUUUUUCAGUUAAAAUAUGUUUUUUUCAGUGAAAACAUACAUGGAACAUUAUGAGUUUCAUGCAUAAAUAUUUAGUUUUGUGAUCUGAGGUUAAUACUAUGUAUUUUUACUCUUGAAAAAUAUUUUUUUACAAAUAAUAUAGUUGCCCCUUAUAAAACUUAUAAGAGGGCUUAAAAAAACAAUAAAAAUAUAUGAAGUUAAAUAUAGGCUGAAUAUGUAUGGAAAGUAAUUUUUACUCUAGAAUGUAAAUUUCAUUUUAACAGCUAUGAUUAAUAUUCUUGGCCUCAGGGGAGUAGGCUGGUCUAGGAUAGUGGGUGUGGUGAGGCUCUGGAUAGGGCCCCCAAGCUUGCAUUCGUUCAAAUUCCCUUACUGCUUCUCUCUUAAGAGAGAAAAAUGGUGGAAUGGCCAUCACGAAUGACAAACUAUAACCAAGUAAAGCAGUUUUGUAUUCUUUAUUUUUGGUCUUUCUUAUUAAUGCCAUUUUUUAUACUAAAUACUUUAUAUUUUCUGGUAACACAGCACUACUCAUUUAUGAGAAUUUAAGUUAAAGGUUUUCUCAACUUUAGAAUAUUUUAAACUUCAGAUAUUGAAAUUUUCAUAUAGUAAUGUUAUGAGAAUUAGUUCUAUAGUAUUUGUAAAGUAUGUUUAAUAAGAUUUAAUUUUAAGAAAAAUUGUAUCUGUGUCUUGAAAAUAUUUUAUACUGUACAGUAUAGUAUGAAGAACAUUAAAAUAUGAGUCUAAUUAACGAGGGAAAGCAUUAAUUUUACAUCUUCAUAAAGUUUUAACCCACCAUAUUGUCUGUUCUAACUGAAGUGUUUUAAAGAAACAUAUCAUGAUAUAGCCCUUAAAGUAACUUUCUGUUGGUGGAAUUUUUAAUCGACUGCUCAGUAAGGCUGAAUAGUUAUGUCAGUUUUUAUUGUACAUAGUACACAUUUUCAGGUAAAACAAUGAUUUAAACCCAUAACUGCUUCUAUUAUAUCAGAGUUGCUAGUUAUACAUAGUGAUGAUCAUGAUUAAAUAGAAAUACUUGAAUGUCCUGUGUAAAUUAUAUCUUAUUUUACCCCAUUUAGGAAUAAAUCCCCAAACUAGCCUCAGGACAGUCCAAUAACAUGACCCAGUAAUCAACAUAAAUUGCUUUAUAACAACAUUUAUAUUAUGUAGGUCUAUUAAAUAAUUGGUUGUAGUGUUAUCCUUCCAAAUAUUGAUAAUUCAAAUGAGUAUUAAAUCCUUCCACAAAGUACUGUUUUAGGCUCCUCUUUUAAGAAUAAUUUUUUUUAUGUAGUUUUAACAAAUAUUGACAUUCUUGCCAAUAACGAACUCCCUUACACAUUGCAAGUAAUAUUUAAACCCUUCUGCUUAUGCAUGUACAUAUAUUGUAAAUAGCAUUGGCAGUGGUGGAGUGCUAUUUUUUAUACUGCUUUCUCAGAUAAUAUUUUUCCAGGUGCAUUUUUCUGAACUGAAGAGGAGAAAAAUGAAUCUCUCUUUUAGGACAAUGAUAUCUUUGCUCUGUAUGAUACUGUUAUUGAUGGGUUGAGUGUUAGUUCUUUUUGUGUUGGAGCAUUUGGGAAUAUCAUCUUGUUAGUUUGCUCCUUACAGUUUUUCUAUGUACUAAUGAAGAAAGGGUAGUGUGUCUGCAAAUUUGUCAUUAUGUUUAAUAUAAUGAACAUAGCACAAAUACGGGGGGAAAAUAAUUGAUAAUAAAUGUGAAGUACUAUAUAAAAAAAAUAAAAAAUAGAUCUUGGAAAUGUAAAUAUGAAAGACAGAGAAGUGAAAAAAUUCUGAAAAGAAAAAAGAUGUAACUCCAACAUUUAUUGUGGUAUGCUCAUGUGCCAUAGUAAACAAGAUGAGAAAUACUUAUUUACCAUAAGAAAAAUUUCUAUCAUCAGUCAAGCUCAUUUGAGAAUCUAGUUUUGAUUUCAUUGCAUAUAUAUACUAGUACGUAUUUAUAUAUUAUAAGAGUGUAUGUCUUUGUGGAUACCAACCUCUGGAUGAUACACACCUUAUAUGGUGUUUCUGUUCAAUGAUACCAUAUCAUUUUGAUGAAAUAUGUGUAUAGUAAAACAAACAAACAAAAGAGAUUAAGGUUUUUUUUUGUGGGGGGGGGCCUGCACAUCAGAUAUUUUUACAAUCGCAUCCUAUUUAUGGGACAUGAAAAGUAUUCUUUAUAGAACUACAUUCUUACUUGAAAACUAUCCUUUUAAUGAAGAUCUUGUCAUUUGCUUAACAGAUAAAGGUUGGCUAUUGAAAUUGUAUUACAGGUAUUUUCAAAAAUUCAAACAGAAUGGGGAUUUAGUUCCUGGACUUGAGCUUUAUUGCUUUUGCUGAGAAAUUGGAGGGAUGCAGGAAAUUUUAUUUUAGUAAUGUUUGACUUGACAUUAACAGUAUGAGUAGAGGUUAAAGUCAGUGUGGAUGCAAAUUGUUAUCUCACAAGAAACUUUAUGCGGGCUGGAGGGUGCCACUCAACCUUGAUCCUACCAGUUUUAUUUUAGUAUUGCCAUUUUGCAGUUAAUACUUGUUACUACUAUACCUGUGUUAUUUGGUUUUGCUAUGUAAGUGUUAAUAGUAGUUCAUAAACUUAUAAACUAAUGUGACAAGUACAGUUCAGUUAAUAAUUUUGUGCUGUCAUAAUAUAAAGGAAGAGUAAGUCCUAAUUGCAAUUAUACAAUUUUUGCACAAUUAUUAAGUCUUUUACAAUAACUAUAACAUAUUCUAAGAGCUAUCAACCACAUAUACUCAUUAAGCUUUAGUUUGUAAACUGUUGUACAGAAAUAUUAAUCAAAUAUUUAGAAAUAUAGUUAACCUUGUUGUAUGAUAAUCAUAUAUUCAUUGCUUACCCUUCAGUCUUCCAACAGCAGUUUUCUUCAGUAGUGAAAUAUCAGAAAUAGACUUGGACACUGACAAAAGAUUUGAGUUUCCUUGAAAUGUUUUUUGAGACCAAAGUGAUGAGCCAAAUACGUACUGUAUUAGUUGACAACAUUCCAUGUAGAAUUUUAGACUGGGAAAAGCUAUUUGCUUUUGAAUAAAACUUUUCUCAUUCUUUUGUAUAGUUGUUAUAAGACUCAUAGCUGUAAUAAUAAAUUUUGGUGUCUAACUUUAAAAUUUGUUACCAUAAAUCUUCCAUAAAACAUUUUCUUUGGUUUUUUAACAUACCAAAUGAAAGGCAUUAUUUUCUCUAUGAAAUCCACACCUAAUUUUGAGUAAUGAGUCUCGUCAUUUCAAGUAAUUAUUUUCAUAACUAGUAGUAUUAGUUUUACAAGAACCAGUGUUGAAUAAGUUACCUAAAGUAAGUUUGUGUCUCACAUGUUGAAAAGUUACUUCUUAAAUGCUUUUCAGUGUGCAUUACAUGAAAUUUUACACAUUGCAUAAACAAGGGUAAAACUUUAGUUUAAGGAAACAAGUUGGGUUUUAUUCCAUGAGCUGAAUAAUUUCCAUUUUUGCUAAAUUAAUUUAAGAAGAUAUAACUUUGAACUGAAGAAAUAAAAUCAAGAUUCAUACACUUAGCUGACAUUUAUGAACCAAAUAUUAGAUUUUACUUUUCUCAGGGGUUACAGGUUGAAAUCUGUUAUCUCAAUUAUAAAAAAUAUUUACUUAAAAUUCUUCACAUCUAAUGAUGUAAGUCACACCUACUGAACUCAAUUCAUACUGUACAUAUAGUGAGAAUCUCGGUAAUUCUUGAAUACCAUUGGUUUUUCACUUUUCAGCCUGUAACAAAUGAUUGUGUUGAUAAAACAUUACCGUUCAAGUGCAAACUAAAGUUUUGAUCUGUGUUCUACCACCUUUUUCCAUUUGUCUUUGGAUCAUUGAAUACCCAUAGUAAUUUAUUAAGGUUCACUGAAAUUUUUUAGUUUGGGUAAGAAAGCUAAGCAAGGAUUUUUUUUUCAUGGAUCAUGCAACUGUUGCACAACAGCAGUGGAAAAUCUUACCAAAUCUUUAUACAUAUGGAACACAUGUAGAUACUCAUCAUUUUAGACACAAGGGUAUCUUAAAAAUAAUAUAUUUUUCAGAUAUGUAGAUCCUACUGUAAGUGUAGAACUUGAUAGUAACAUUAAUUAACUAUUAUUUAACUUAAAAUGUCAAUCCUAUUAAAUUCAUGCUAUCGUUGUAAGAUAAAAUAUUUAAGUGUUAAGUUGAACUAACAGUUUUGUGAUAUUAUCAGUAACUCUUACUUUAUGGUGAGUAGUCUUAUAAUAGUGAAUUUGACCAAAAGAGAAAAAUCAAGUCAGAAGCAAGUGGUUUAUAAACUGUUUUUGUGAUUGUACUUUCAACCAAGUCAUAAAUUGUAUGAAUAGAAAUAAAGAUAUUUGUAUAAGAA